GCCGGUCACUGGAGGUGGCAUGGAUGACAAAAAAAACAAAAUGGACGCUUUGCUUGCCACUGUUGUCGUCUUCCUCCUCUGCAGUUUUGCCGUGGGUCACGCUGAAGGCGAGGAGGAGACCGGAGUGGUCGGGAGCAGAAUAGUGGGAGGCUUCGAGGUGGCUCGCAAUUCCCUGCCAUACCAAGCCUCCUUGCAGCAGAAUGGUGUUCACUAUUGCGGAGGCACCCUCAUCAAUGCCAAGUGGGUCCUCACGGCGGCCCACUGUGAGAUCACGAACGUGAACAUCAUAGUAGUCUUGGGGGAACACUCCCUCGGCAACGUGGAGGGGAAGGAGCAGACGUUCAUGGUGGAGAGGGCCAUCAGGCACGCUGGCUAUGAUCCUGCCACUGUCGACAACGACAUCAUGCUGCUGAAGCUGCCUCGAGCGGCCGUGCUGAAUGCCGCCGUGCAGCCUGUGCAGCUGGCGCGGGCGGGCGCCCGCUUGGAGGACGGGACCUCGUGCCUCGUGUCGGGCUGGGGCACGGUGGGCAACGGCGUGAUGCCCGAUGCGCUGAGAGCGGUCUACCUGGACACGACGUCGCGCGGCUACUGCAACGAUGCCUACAGCGGCACCCUCACGGACAACAUGUUCUGUGCCGUCUACGCGGCAGGAGGGAGAGAUGCCUGCCAGGGAGAUUCUGGCGGGCCUUUGAUCUGCAAUGGCGCAUUGAAUGGAAUAGUUUCCUGGGGCUAUGGUUGUGCAUAUCCCAAUUACCCCGGUGUCUACACUAAAGUGUCAAACUAUAUCACGUGGAUAGAGAAUACAAUUGCAAAUAAUAUGUAACAUUUCGUAAAGCGACAUGCACAUUGACCUUCCGCUAGACCUGUUUUGUGGGGUGUGCCACUUGCCUCUAAUUCUGAGUCCUCCUUCACCCUUCUAUUGUAGGCGAGUUUAAAGACUUUAACACGAUGUACAGUUUCGAAUUCGACACUUGAACCUCCUUUAAAAUGUAUCAAUGAUUGCUUCAAGGCUUCUCCCAUUUAUUUGAAUGGCAUUAAACGCUAAAUUGUGCUUCAUGUAGCCCUACCAUGCUUACAUGUUAGAUCAGUCGAGCUUUUGGCAAGCAGAUCCAACUAAGUAUAAAUAUAAAUAGUACUUUAACUGAGCUUUACUCUUACAUUUUACCUGUCACGUUUACAAAUACAUUUUUCAGAACUUACGUUUUCAAAUGUUGGGCUGUUUUAAUGGUUCUGUUUGUAUUGAAGUUUACAAUCUCCUUGUUUGGCAAAAAUGUGAAAAUAAAUUGACCUUAAAAUA